ACAUCGGAGUGAUGCGUUUGUAGCCAUGGCAACCAUCAUACCGUCGACACUAGAAAGAAUAGAUGAACAGUUCUUGACGUGUACCAUUUGUUUAGAGCGCUACAAGCACGCCAGGGUGUUGCCAUGCCAACAUACGUUCUGUGAGAAAUGCCUGACGUCAUGGGUGAAACAACAUGGCGGUCUGAACUGUGCGGUGUGUAGACAACCAUGGCAGGCAUGGGCUUCCAAUAUACAACAACUGCCGCCGAGUUUACUGAUUAACGGUAUCGUGAGACUAUUAGAAGAGCGAGAUUUGAAACGCGUCAAUAGAAUUUCCGUUGGUAAAUUAGUUCGACGCAAGUUACCCACUGCGUGUUUACCUUGGUAUGAUUAUCUCGACUAUAAACAAGUGGGGACAGUCGGAUUAGACGUCACAUGGUUGGACCUUAUACAGAUAUCUUUGCUGAUAUUUGGUAUCGGGGCACUGAUAUGCAUACUAUUAAUCCUAACUGUAUGUCUUCUCAUGUUGUUUGGAUCACUUAUGCUGAAACUGUUCGCGAUCAUACUCAAUUUUUUGACGGAGACUACAAACUUUUGCUGGACUGUUUCUACGUUGAUAUUUAACUUGGCGCUGUCUGUAACGCUGGGUAUGGGUACAGUGUGGAUGGUGCUGUUCGUUGUGCUCAACAUAAAGAAAUCCAUUCGACAACUUGUCAAUGCAGCAGGAUGA